UUUCCGUCGCGCCUCGGCAUUGAACCUCGGUGAAUGAGGGAAUGCGGCUCGGCGGACGUCGCUGGACACUCGGCGGAGAUGUGCGCACGGAGACGGGAGCGCCCGGCGGCCGGCUGCGGUCCAAGUUAACCGGCUGUUUCUGGGGAUGAGGGCGGGAGGGAGCCCCGGUCGCUCGCAGCAGGGUUAGCGGAGGUGUUUUUAUUUAAUUUAAUUUUUUUUUGUUUUUUACCUCCCCGGGAUUUUCUGCCUCUUGUCGGGGAGACGGAAUGCGAGAGGAGCCGAGGAGGAGUCCCCCAGCUCCGUGGAGCCACGCAUUGCAGGCAGCUGUGAGAGGUGAUGGUGAAAUGAAAAGCAAAGCGUCUGACACUCAACUCUCAACCUUUGCUACCUGGUGCUGCUGCAGAUAGAGGCGACGAUACGUGACUGCAUCGAGUUGUGGAGUGUGUGGAACCAACGGCAGCAUCAUGUUCUACGGUUCCUCCUCUGGGGCGAGCAUGUCCCUGCCGUCCAAGAGUCGCCUGAAACGCCAGAGCAGGACCUUCACACAGGUCCUCUACCGUACUCUGAGCUACAGAGACCGCGUUCCAGCAGAAACUGGAACAAACACACGAGGGGACCGGCGCUCGACGACUGAACCCCCAGAGCGACCGGCGGACGACCCGGCUGAGCUCUCCACGCAGAGCUCGGCCCCCGGGGUGCUGAAGAUAUUUGGAGAUGAAAUUUGCGCCGGUGCCAACUACAAGAGCGUCCUGGCCACGCCACGCUCCAGUGCACAGGAACUGGUCAAAGAGGCACUCGAACGUUACUCGCUCAACAAGGAUGCUGCCCACUCCUACGUCCUGUGCGACGUGAUCGGACAUUUGGAGGGGGGCAGUGGGAUAGGGGGGAGUGUGAUAGGGGGAGGCGGGAUAGGGGGAGGCGGGAUAGAAGGAGGCGGGUGGCGGACUGAGUGCUUGCGUGCGCUGGGAGACAAUGAAAAGCCGCUGUUGCUCCAAGAGCUGUGGAAGCCCCGAGAAGGACACGCUCGCAGAUUCGAGCUGCGCCGGAGAGCAGAGGUGGAGGAGCUCAACGCCAAGGAGAAGGACACCGUCACUGCUG